GACCAAUAAAAAUCGUCCUGCUGUUUCAGAUCUGAUGACUGGUUCCACGGGGUAGCAUCGCCACAAUAAUCCAGUGCAGCAUUGUAGUAAGAAGACCGUGGAUUCGGUUCCGGAUCGCACCCGCCAUGAGCGUUGUUCCUGACACGGUGUCUACUUUCAAACUAGAGCACUGCUGGAGCUGACAAAAGGUGACCCUACUGAACUAAUGGACUUUUAAUGCAUUCACCACUCCACUGACGGCCUCUAAUGAGUCAUCCACAGCGAAAUACAGAAGCCAACGCUGGCGCAGCCGAAUCCUAUGGCGACUCAGCCCCUGGAGAUGGAGACGGAGAAGGAGCAGGGGGAGGGGGAGGAGCUGAUGUUGGCAUCGAUGCUCAUGAAGAUGGUGAGGCGACGGAACUUCGGUUACACUGGCACGUGAUCCUAAUAGCAGCUCUCAUGGACUUUGGCCAAUCGGCUGCCUUCCGGUCAUCAGGCUUCAUCUAUGUGGCGCUGAUGGACCACUUCGACGUCGACCAUGGGACCGCAUCGUGGCCCGUCAGCGUCCUUGGCACUGUCGUCGACGCAGGCGGCAUCCUAGCCGGACCCUUGUGCCAGUGGUUCGGCGCCAAUGUUACGCUCAGAGCCGGAGCACUGGUAACUGCCUUGGGAAUAAUGGCAUCUGUCUUUGCUCCAAAUAUAGCCUGGAUGACCGUCACACUGGGAAUCAUUCAUGGAGCCGGCGCUGGAACCGUGAGCAUGAUGCUGCAGGUGUUCCUCAGCAUGCGCUUCGUCAAGUACCGAGGCACGGCACACGGUAUCAUGUUCAUGGGAUCGAUACUCUCAUCCCUCGUCAUUCCUCAAGUGCUAUUUUUUCUCGAGGACGCCUACGGAUUCGAUGGCUGCUUACUCAUAUUCGGCGCCCUGCUCUUGCACAUGGUUCCCAUAAGCUUUCUCCUUCGCUCUGACUCACCCACAAUCACUUCGCCGCAGUAUGACGCCGGGCAAAAAGCGCUAGUGGAGAGACGUGACGUCAACCUGAACAUCAAGGAGAUUGUUGAGUCUGAGCACCGUUCCCGCACAAGUUCGUCGAGCACAGAGCGAAAACCUGGUGUCCUCGAGAGUGCGGCUCAAGUGCUGCGCCUCCCCAUGUUCUACGUCAUUCUCGUCACGUGGACAGUAAUGUGCUACAACGAGGACAUUUUCUUGACGACUAUAGUGGACUUCGCUGUCGACAAAGGCAUCGCGAAGCAUUUGGCGGUGCCACUGCUCUCAUAUCUAUCCGUAACUGACGCGGUAGGACGCAUCGGCCUUCCACUACUCGCGGAUCGGAACAUUAUUCGGCGAAGUACGCUGGUUGGGUGCAACGCAGCUCUUACUGCGGCUUCCGUCGCCAUUCUACCAGAAGCCAACUCGUAUGCUUUUUUGGUGGUAGCCACCCUGCUUGCUGCCUGUUUCAACGGAUGCGGCAUGACAAUGCAUGGUGUCCUUAUGGCCGACUACAUAGGCAUGGACAACCUUCCCGUUGGAUACGGUGUCGCUGGAAUCCUCGUCAUACCGCUACUGCUGAUCAAACCACUGCUAAUAGGUUAUUUCCGGGACACACUCGGAUCUUACGACGACCUCUACAGAAUGCUAGGAGGAAUGCAGGUCGUUCUCGUUCUUAUGUGGCUGUUCAUAUCGUACCGGGAGCGGCGCAAAGGACCUCCUCAGCAUGCGUCACCUAAUGAGGAAACAAAGAUGCCGAAAUCAAAGGACACAUGCAGCGUGUCAUACAUCAAAGAGUGUCAACACUCAUCGCUGAAUCCCUGCUUUUGUCCAGGGGAAGAGAAGUGCCACUUUUCCAAGGCUUCCCAAGAGAGCAGAAACUCAGAACUGCCAUGGAUUGUGAAUGCGGGCUCGGAACGUUUGUCGAAUUUGGACGUAGCAAAUGGAGGUUGUCAGCGGACAGCGAAGAAGUGUUAUAGCCUAGAAAGCGCGAGAGUUGUGAACAAAAGAAAGCCUGUGGGUGCGCAGCGCGUUUCAAAUUACGGCAGUGUGACCGAUUUCAACAGUGAACAAAAGAUGCUGGGCUCGCUUUGACCUGGACGCACGAAAAACAUUUUACUAAGCAGGAUUCCUAGACAGCGGACCUAGUGUACCAUACACGUAUCGUUUAAAAACUGGAGAAGUUUGGUGAAGAGAAUGGAACGCAAAAGGUAAUUAUGGUUGUGAACGCGGCUUUCUAUUGAUUACAGUGUGACCAGCACUCAUGAGGGCGUUAGGCAUGCCUGCAGGUCAUAUCUUUGCAACCAGCAUAAAAGAUAACUUUUUUUUUGCGGAGACAUAAACAUCACAGCAGGAGUGUGCUUUGAUGUGCUCUUUAGGCAUUGAGGCAAAAGGGGUAACAAAAUUUAUUAAAACCAUUCUUAAGGUUGUCGCUAGCAUCAAAACAGCCUUCAUAAGGAAAAGUUGGCUUUCCAGCAACUGCGUAAUUAAAAAAAACGUUUUCUUAUACUCUUAGCGCUCCAUGUAUAUACAGAAGGAGCAAGUUUUGCACCAGAAUUUGUAGCUGACAAAGUCUGUUUCCUUCACAGUUGAUCGAGAAGGUCAUAGAAGUGUUCAUGUCGCGUUCGUUACCACAAUGCGCCUUUCUGCGAAAAAGAAGUUGCAGGAAAGAGACCAUACGAAUAUUCAACUUAUCCACAGAAAAUAUUUUCCAUUCUUCAUUGUUACGUUCCCCACCUGAUGCAAUUCAUCAGUAGUGACAAACGCACAUUUAGGUAGGGAAUUACUGUGCGAAUACCAAGAAAGGGAGACCACUUGAGAAAGCACAUAGAAAGUAGUGCAAGUGCAGUUAGUAGUCUGUGCUUUUACUAUUUCUAUGUAUCGUCUCGUGUGCUGUUCCUUCCAUUGCAUUCGCGCAGUAAUUACUAGCGAAAUCUUCAGUACUACUUGAUGUAUUUGUACAGCUUGAUGUACAGCUAACAUAUGUUAAACAUUAACGACGCAGAACUACAGAGAAGAAUGCUACACAUAUUUUUUUUCAUUUGAUUUGAAUUAUUUACUCUCAAGAUUAACAUCAUUGGGUGAUAUGGUGUAAUUACAUGAAAUGAGUGGAAAUUUCAGCCUUAAAAUUGCUGUCAUCAAUGACGGAGGCGAAGUCGGUGCCAAGGUGGUUCCAGUCUUGAUUGUGGUUGGUACAAAAGAAUUAAAACAUGUAUUAGUAUAACAAGUACGCACACUUUCCUUGAACCGGUGGUCGUUGCAUGACGAAAUUUAAGUGACUGCUGCGAAGAAUGAGUUACGUAGAAUCGUAAACUACAGCGAAGCUGUUAAGGGCCAGGUUCUCCAGGUACGAGUCCGCAUGUAGAAAAAAAAUAUCAUCAUCAGCAUUGACUCGAGCAUCGUCGUCUUUUUGAGCGCACGGCCCCUCCUCCCUCCAGAUCGGCUGAGCCCCCACUAUCUCCCUUCUCUUGUGCCAGUCGACCUUCUUUUAUGCCGCAUUCCCCCCUGAGUAGAGUUGGGCCCUGCUGCGAGGCUAGCGCGGCAAGCAUGCUGGAAGCUGCGCCUGGCUAGUGUUGAACUCUGCUGGGAGGCUAGCGAGGGAAGGCCGGCGGCGCUCCUUCUUUGCUGGAUGGAUGGAUAGAUGGAUGCUAUGAGCGUCCCCUUUGAAAUGGGGUGUGGGUUGCGCUGCCAAGCAUCCCUCCGCCUCGGCGCCACCUCGUGGAAUCGUAUGAAAACGCCGGGUUGGCGGCGUUUUCAAACUUAUGAUUGGAAAAACGUGUGCGUUAUACCGCGGUUCUCACCAGAUCUUACGUUUGGUUGCUUACGUGACGUAGUCACCCUGGAGACCACGCGAGCGCAUUAGCGCUUGUGUGCGCGUCGCGAAUGGCGUAGUUUUCUCUAAUAAAACGCUAUGACGGUACGGUGAUCGCGACUGUGUACGUUCCCCCUGCAACGCGUACAAAAGACAUCGACACGUGUUUGAAAGACAUGUUCGGUUGGUUGAUGCCCAACGAGGAUACACCGAUUCUCAUCGUGGGGGCAAUAUUGAUUACAGCAGACCCACCAUAGUCACACCUUUGCUGGCUUCCAUCUUCACAGUAGUGGAUGGGGUCUGAAUUUUUUAUGGAAAAUAAAGCGCGAGCAUAUUUAAUUUGAAGUGAAUGAUCAGGCAAAUUAGGAGAUGAUUUUAUUUAUUUUAUGCUUGAAGUGAGCCAAUAAUUGGAUAAGAUUAAACAAACAGAAUGGUUCUGGAUGACUUCGAUGCAGAAGUAUAUCGACUGAACCUAGCAGAAAACGAAAUUCAACUAAACAGCCAAGAGCAGCACUUCAUGAAUCCUUCCAUGAAACACCUGAAGUGGCACGCAUACUGCUAACACCAUACGCUGAAGCAACCAUUCAUGUUCUUUGCUUGAAUUCAGAAGCAAUUACUGCACUCCGCCAUUUAUUUGGCUUUACACGUGCCCUACGCAGACCAACAGGUAAUCCUCACGUUUGACAGAGCAAACGUCCAGUUUCCUGAAAAUAAUUCGGUAAACUUUGUGUCUUUUGUCCCGUUGUAGGAGCGAAAAGGUACCCUUGCAAAUAAUAACAGUGCGCAGAUUAGAGUUUAUACAACCGCCAUAAAGAUUUAAUAAUGUUAUAAAUGUUUUACCUAGAAUCUAACGCUGAAAGAGAAGCAGUAAAUGUAGAAAGGUCUAAACGGUUUUACGUUUUCUGGUACGAACAGCUCUAGUAUUCUUACUGUGAAAAAGUACUUGCAUAUUCCGACGCCAGAUACCACGGUUAUGUCAUAUUACUCUAGCAAAGUCUUAUCUACAGGGAAAUUGUAUUGUAUGUGUAAAACCAAAAAAGGCACUCCCGGAUUGGAAAACAAUGUGGCCAGCACUAUUAGUGACACUGAUAUUAGCGCCAGUGCCAUUUAGGCAUCGUACUUCAAAAAUGACAGCUGAGCAUUCAUUAUGUCGUCUUAUAUUUGGUCUUGUCAUCGGAAUACGUAAAAUUAGUUCGGGAAGAGCAGUCUGCUUUUAUAGACCGGUGAAGUGCUGGUCUUCUUUGGUGUAUGCAUACCUUGUCCUUUGGACAGGUGUCACGUCCAAAAAUGUUGGUGGCUAUUUCGAACCAAUAUAGCCUUACUUUUUUUGUCCGUCUUCUAAGUGUCCUCGUAUUGUGCGCAAUAUUUUAACAACACACACCUUGAGACUUACUGUGGAUAUUUUAUAAACAUGUGUAAGGUCUGCGAAAUUGACAAUAGCAAUAAUGUUAUGCGGUGUCGUAACGUUUGCGAGAAGCCGUACUGCGGAAAUGAAAUGUGUUGUUUAGAAUUUUUUUCUUAUCGCUUAACAGUGUAUUCCCGAUCACAAUCUAUAAAUACUUUCACCCUGGUCUGUGAAGAUGUUCAGGGUUAAAAGAUAACGCAUAGUCCACUACACAGCGUAGUUCGUUGCUUUGGUGUUGAUAUAUUGUAGAUAUAUCUUUUAUAACAAUA